AUGCAAGAAGGAGGUCGUGUUGAUUAUUACUUUACUUUACAACAAGUUAAUAAUCAACCAAUCAAUGAAAGUAAAAUGACUUUAUUAAAAGCUUGUGAUGCACAUUAUAUUCAGCAUGAAAAUAAAUGCGUUGAUAUCGCUAAAGAUCGCGUCUCGAUCUAUAGUGAAUUACCAUCAUCAAAUCAAAUAUUAAAAUCGUGUUAUAUGAUUGAUUCUCUUUUAACAAAAUAUCAGAAAAUUAAUUUCACUGAUCGACGUAAUUGGUUUUGUAAUUCAAAUAAAAAUCCAUAUAAAGACAAAGCUUUCGAAGUUACAUAA